GGUAGCAGCGGUCCUGCAGAGGGACUGGACAACAAGUGAGGAGGGAGAGGGCGUCCCCUUAGCUCUCCCACCCAUCCCGCUCUGGAACCUGCUGCAGCACUACUGGGUGUGUGUGCGGGCACAGGGCGCCAGGCGGCGAUAGGGAGGCGCUCACCGGGGCUAAGCCCGGAAGUGUUCUCCGGUCGCCGCCAGUGAGUAGGAUCAUGGCGCCGGCGCUACGGGUCACGGCCGCUGUCUCGGGGCUGAGUGUCUGCGUAUUGUUAUAGGGCAAUCUGUGGUGACCCGCUCCGGGGAACUGGGACUGUGACUGCUGGUGACCUGCGCUUCAGGCAGUUUACCGCAGAUAUGAUGGAAGACAAAGGUCCUCGGGUUGCAGAUUACUUUGUAGUGGCAGGACUGACAGAUACCUCAAAUCUCCUUGACCAUGACACUGGCCGAGUGGAGACCAAAGCUGUUGGUCCCAAAGCUCCAAUAACGGAUAUUGUCAUUAUUAACCAGACAGCUGGUGAAACUGUGCCAGAAGGAUACACAUGUAUUGAAGUUACCCCUAGUGGUCUCCAGGCAAAUCUUAAUCAUGGCAGUCUGAAGAGCCCCGAGCUGUUCAUUUGUUACAAGCGUGAGAGGGGCAAGUCGCCACUGACAGAUAUUGGAGUUUUAUAUGAAGGAAAAGAGCGUCUCCUGUCCGGCUGUGAAACCAUCCAAGCAACCCCAUAUGGGCGCUGUGCUAAUGUCAACAAUAGCUCAGCUGGCUCAUCACGAAUUUUCAUCACCUAUCGCCGGGCAGCUCCUGAUCGUACUCAAAACUCUCUUGCAGUGACAGACAUUUGUGUGAUCAUCGCUAGCAAAGGGGAGACUCCUCCUCACACCUUUUGUAAGGUGGACAAAAACCUCAACUGUGGCAUGUGGGGCUCCAAUGUUUUCCUGUGCUAUAAGAAGUCUGUCCCGGCAUCAAACUCUAUUGCUUACAAGGCUGAUAUGAUUUUUAGAUAUCCAGAAGAAGAUUACGAGUCAUUCCCACUUCCCGAGUCUGUGCCUCUCUUCUGUCUUCCAAUGGGAGCAAACAUUGAGUGCUGGGCCCCUCAAAUCAAGUACCCGCUUCCUGUCUUUUCCACAUUUGUCCUCACUGGCUCCAAUGCUGACAAGGUAUAUGGUGCUGCUAUCCAAUUCUAUGAACCAUAUCCCAGAGAAAUGCUGUCAGAGAAGCAGAUGAUACAGCUAGGGCUCAUUACAGCCGUAGAGAAAAAAGUGAUGACCUCCAAAAUUAUCAACACCAACAAGUGCAUAUGCCUGCUCUCCCACUGGCCUUUUUUUGAAACCUUCCGUAAAUUCUUGAUGUUCAUCUACAAGCUCUCAGUCUCCGGUCCACACACACUUCCCAUUGAAAAACAUUUAUCACACUUCAUGCACAAUAUUCCCUUCCCAUCUCCUCAAAGGCCAAGAAUCCUUGUGCAGCUGUCUGCACAUGAUGCUUUGGUUCUUUCUCAGCCUGUAUCAACUCCUUUGCCUCUGAGUGGAGCCAACUUCAGCACAUUAGUAAUGAGCCUGGGGCCUGAAAACUGUGCUACAUUGCUGCACUAUGUGCUACUAGAGAGUAAGAUACUCCUGCACUCCCUAAGACCAGCAGUCCUGACUGGCGUGACUGAGGCGGUCGUAGCUAUGAUUUUCCCUUUCCAGUGGCAAUGCCCCUAUGUACCCUUGUGCCCAUUAUCUCUGGCGGGUGUGCUUAGCGCCCCUGUCCCAUUCAUUGUUGGAGUGGAUUCUCGAUACUUUGAUCUGUAUGAGCCUCCCCAGGAUGUUGUAUGCAUUGACCUGGAUACAAGCAUGAUUUACACGGCAGAGGAUAAGAGAAGCUUGACCUGGAAACAACUUCCAAAGAAACCAGUGAAGAACUUACUCAGUAUUUUGAAAAAACUUCACCUCCAACUUUUGACAGUACACAGACAACCCCAGGAGGAGAGUGCAAUAGAGAUGACUCCCAUUGAAGCAGACUUUUCAUGGCAAAGGAAAAUGAGGGAACUGGAACUGGAAAUUCAAGAGGCAUUUCUCCGCUUCAUGGCAUCCAUACUUAAAGGUUACAGGGCCUAUUUGAAACCCAUCACAGAGGCACCAUCUAAGAAGGCCACCGCAGCAGACUCUCUUUUUGACCGCCAAGGGUUUAUGAAAAGCAGGGAUCGCACUCACAUGAAGUUUUACACCCAGCUUACAAAAACCCAAAUCUUCAUCCGCUUUAUUGAAGAGUGCAGCUUUGUCAGUGACAAGGACACCAGCCUGGCCUUCUUUGAUGACUGCAUUGAAAAGCUGUUUCCUGAUAAAGGCAGUGAAAAGGGGGAUAAGGCAGAUCAAGAAUUGCCAGAGGACACUCGUUUGAUAGAGCUGGAUGAGUCCCAGAAGAGUGAACAUACAGUGUUUAUAAUGCCACCUGAGACUCUACCAGAGGAUGGACCUGACCCAGCUCCUAAAUACAGUUACAAAAGCUUUCCAAGGCUUGAUUACACACUUUUCGAUCGAACACGUGAGCAGUACCUCACCUUCAAUGGAAAUACAAAAGCCAGCCGAACUGCAAGCAGCCCUACAUUUAUUGCUAAAAGGACCAAACAGGAGAUUAAAACUGCUCACAAAUUGGCCAGGAAAUAUUACAACAAUACCAACAAUUGGCCCAAGUGCCUGUUCAGCAAUUGUUUCAGCCUGUGGUUCAUCUGCCUGCCAGUGUACGUCAAGGUGUCGCUAUCAAAGUCUCGAGCUCUUCAGAAGUCUUAUGAUGUGCUGGUGAAAAUGAGGAAGACUGAGGUGGAUCCUCUAGAUGAGGUGUGUUACAGAGUAGUUAUGCAGCUGUGCGGCCUUUGGGAGAACCCUGCUUUGGCAGUAAGAGUCCUGUUUGAAAUGAAGAAUGCUGGCAUACAGCCUAAUGCAAUCACGUACGGUUAUUAUAACAAAGUUGUACUAGUGAGUCCAUGGCCAAGCAGUAACCGCAGUGGAAACUUUCUAUGGACGAAAGUCCGAAAUGUGAUAUUUGGUUUGGCUCAGUUUCGAAAGCCAAUGAAAAGAACAAAGCCAGUGCCUAAGGCCUCUUCAGUAGCAGCUCAUCAAAGUGCUGCACGUAGGAGUGUUGGGGACUUGGUGAGCCAUCAUGGUGUGGAUAACUCUAAUGAUGCUAACCCUGGGGAGCACACACUCUUCGUGAGGAAUUUAAUCAGGCUUGAUUCUACUGAUUCUACUGAUAAGCACUUUAGCACAGGUGGUCAUAUGGAUGAGAGGCCAGGACCCAAAGAUGACCUCCACCAAGACAGCACUUUCCUUCACGAAGAUCGGAAAACUAGUACAAAUGCAGAUUCUACUGCCAGGCACCAUUCAGGGGGCUAUGACAACUUAUCUUUAUCUACUGAUAUGUCAGCGUCACACACUGAGGGUCAAGGUAAAAAACCCUUGGCAACCAUUGAGGUUUCCAAUCCACCUGAAUCUCCUCCGUGUGGAAGCAGCAUUGUUAAAGUAUCCUCUGGGAUCUUUGAUGUCACAUUGAGAAAAAGCAGUAGUGGCAGUGCACUAGGGCCACAGCCCUCCGUUCAGGAUUCUGGAGACGACGCAGUCUUUUCCAGCGAUGUGCAGGGUAAGAAGCUUGGAGACAGGGCUCAGAAGAGGCAGAAGGUGUUUUCUGAGAGAAGCUGUAGCUUCAGUGCAGAGAGUCGUGCAGGCAUGAUGCUAAAGAAAGGAAGUCUCGACAUGACAACUAAUGAGAUUGCUAUGAAGAUGGGAGCAGAUGCCAAGAUCCUUACAGCAGCACUUUCGAAGACACCACCAUAUCCACAGGCAAACAGAGAGUUCAGUUAUGAAGGCAUAGAUAACCAAACACCCCUUCUCACAACUGAGAGCUGGACUUGUAAUCCUGGAGGUACAAUCAAACCAACUGCAGAGCAACUAUCAGAGCAGAGAUUGCAGGAAAUAUUUGACCCAUUAGAUACCGUCAAAGAAGAAGUCACAGUAGAUGCAUCUGAAGCUUUAAAAGUCACUGAAGAGAGAAAUCUUCUUACUGCUUCAGUUAGUGAGGCAGAGGAACCAAACAAGAGAAAUAGUUUUUAUGGCCUGCCUAAAGCAGUAGAAAGGGAAGGUGUGGAAAAGGGUCUUGAUCCAUUAUCUUUGCUAAUGUCAGAAUCUGUGGAGAAAGUUCCAUCUCCCUCUGAGGAGAAGACUGUUUCCCCUGUUGUAGCGCGUAAUCUAGCAGAUGAAAUUGAAAGCUACAUGAACUUAAAAAGCCCUCUUGGAAGCAAAUCCUCCAGCAUAGAACUUAGGAGUACAGAGUCUGUUAAGGAAACCGGGAAUCCCAACCAAGGUAGCCUUGAAAGGAGAUCCAGUCUGCCUACAGAUUCUAUACCUCCCCCUGAUGUGCAGAGCGAGAAUCAGAAAAAUUCAGUAUCCAGGUCCAAAACAUUUACUACCAGCCCAAAACACCACCUAAGAAACCAGAAGGAACGGUCACUCUCGCUGACUGCACUUUUCCACAACUCACAGCAUGGCUCCUUGGGUUCAGUGGUCAACUCGCUUCCUGGGCUAAAGCUUGACCAUCUACUGACUGGGCCCAAAAUGGAUGUGCUAAAAUCUAGCAUGAAGCAAGCAGCCACAGUAGCAAGCAAGAUGUGGGGGGCAGUGGCAUCUGCCUACAACUACUCCGACGAUGAGGAAGAUGUUCAUCGCAGUGAUGCUCGCUUUCCUCUGAGUGGUGAAGACCACAUUCUUGGUGAUGGUGCCACUUCCAAGACAAGUUUGCAAGGACUUUCUGUCAGCAGUUUGAACCACAGCAGCACCAGCCUGGGCAGCAGCAGCAGUGGAGACACAAAUAAACAGAGCUACUCCAACAGUGAGUCUACUCCAGGUAGAGGUUUGCGAGGCCAGGAGUCCGAGAGGUCAGAACAUGGAUCUUCUCAAAAUACCAGCUUGUCAAGCAUCUUUCAGAACUGCGCCAUGGAGGUUUUGAUGUCCAGUUGCUGUCAGUGCCGAGCAUGUGAUGCAUUGGUUUAUGAUGAAGAAAUUAUGGCAGGCUGGACAGCAGAUGAUUCAAACCUGAACACCACAUGUCCAUUCUGUAAAACCACCUUCUUGCCUCUCCUAAACAUUGAAUUCAAGGACCUGCGUGGCUCUGCCAGUUUCUUCCUCAAGCCAAGUAAUUCGGGAGAUAGUCUACAAAGUAGCAACCACCAGUCAACAAUAGGGACCUCUCACCAUAAAAAGGAAUUGGCCCCCACAGUCAAUGACCUGAUCAACUUGUCAGAUAAUGUAGCAGAACAGACAAGUAAAUCUGCUAGUCACAGCGGUUCCAGUGAAAUCCAUGGUGAAGACACAAUGAAGUCUUUAGAAAAUGGCAGUGCACCAAAAAGAGUGGCGUCACUUACCAGGAGUCAUAGUGUGGGUGGACCGCUCCAAAAUCUUGACAUACUACAAAGACCUUCUCAUGGUGUGUCCACUGUCAGCCUACCUAACAGCCUACAAGAAGUUGUGGAUCCUUUGGAAAAGAGACACAACCCUUCACCCGUUUCUGUGCCUUACCUUAGUCCCCUAGUACUGCGCAAAGAGCUGGAGUCUUUGUUAGAGCAUGAGGGAGACCAAGUUAUCCACACAUCCACUUUUAUCAAUCAGCAUCCCAUCAUCUUCUGGAACUUGGUGUGGUACUUUCGGCGGUUGGAUUUGCCUAGCAAUCUGCCAGGGCUUAUCCUGACGUCAGAGCACUGUAACGGCGGAGUACAGGUACCUCAGUCAUCCCUGUCACAAGACAGCAAGCUGGUUUACAUCCAGUUGUUAUGGGACAAUGUCAACCUUCACCAGGAUCCUGGCGAGGCUCUCUAUAUAAAAUGGCGAAGCCUGGAAUCUAUAAAGAAGACAGGAGCUCCGGUACCAAAGGACCUCCAAGAGGUCAAUCAUUUACUAGAGAGCAUCACGCUCAGUAUCCAGCACAACGAUGUUCAGAGGCCAAUCAGCCUUGUUCUGCAGAAGUGCGGCUCUGCCGGCAAGCGUCAGAGAAGCAUUUACAGAGAAAUACUGUACCUGUCUCUAGUUUCACUGGGGCGAGAAAAUAUUGACAUUGAGGCUUUUGACAAUGAAUACAGACUUGCCUAUGAAAAACUUCCUGCUGACGUACUUAAAAGAAUGCAGAAGAUAGAUGCGCCUCCAAGCAAGAAUGUAGAGUGCUGUCGGAGUGUCUUUGUGGCACCCUUGAUUUGAUCAGUCUGUAGAACUUGCAUGUUUUUCAUUCCUUGGAAUUAAACCAACCUUUCCAUUGACACCACUGUAAGGGUCACAGAUAUCUUUUUCUUUUUUCUGGUUGACCUGCACCAGAGCACAAACCAGAGAACUGAAUGCCUUCAUGGUCAAAGACGUAUUUGAUGCCUCCACUGCUUUAUUCUUCAGCAGUUCUGUCAUGGACCCAGGUGGAGGUGCUACAACUUCAGUAGUAACUGUGACAAUAGAGAUUUUGAUGGCUAAUGACAAGAUUACACACUGUAGCCAGCUGCUGGAUACUAAUAUAGCUGCACACCGUCUUACAAGAUAUAUGGAAAACACAGAAGUGAAUUGCUGUUGUGCAGCUAUACGGAAUCCUUCAUCACACUGCCAGGUUUUCCUACUACGUAUGUGGAAAUAAAUAAAUGCUGACAUACAGACUAUAAAGCACGUGCUGUUUCAGCUCUUUAAUAAUGUGCUUUUCAUAUCAUUUAUUUUAAAAUGUAUUUUUUUGACAAGUAGCUAUAGACUGCGCUCGGUCAGCCUUGUAGACCCCCAUAUCAAUGCUUUGUAGUUAGUACUCUUCUGAGGCAGUGAGACACAUUGCUGUGUUGUUUGACAAUCUUGCUCCUAAAAACUUGACUAUAGCCAAGGCACAUGUAUGGGAGAGCAGGGACAUGUUACACUCCCGGUUGACCUGUAUGGAGAGUGUGCUCCAUGUUCCCUACACAUUAUAGCAGCCGCUUUUCAACCAAAUGAGGGUUAUUAAUGUAAAUUGAAAAAAGAAAAAAAAAAGAAUCACCUUUCUUGUGUGUUAUGCAGUAAUUUUUUGUGUGAAAUCUGUUGUGCAGGUUAGGAAAUGAAAGCAAACAUGUAAUGCUGGUUAUACACUACACUGUGUGUACCCAGCAACAUCGCAGGUGACAGGGACCUAGCGGGGGAGGCCGGUAUCGGCAAGUGCAUACACACCUGCAGCAACAUCUGGCCCUCGCUAGCUAAGGGGCCGACGAUCCCAUAGCGCGUAUAGUCAGGCACAUAGCGGGUACACACUAGACCAUGGGUCUUCAACCUGUGGCCCUCCAGCUGCUGCGGAACUACACAUCCCACCAUGCCCUGCCACAG